CUCCCACUCUCACCAUGGCGGCGGCGGCGCUGCCUGAACCGACGCGAGAGGACGGGCGCGCAGCACCGCUUCCGGGUCAGAGGGCGCGCGAAGGCGGAAGUCCGAAGCUGUCGCUAUGGCGACCGCGGGAGAGGCAGCGGCGCUGGUGCUGGUGGCUGUGCUGUGGGGCAGCACUGGGCCGUUCCUGCGGACGGGUGCAGCGGGGCUGGAGGAUGUGCAGCGCCAGGGCCACCUACAGCAGCUGCUGGCCGAGAUCAGCUUCCUGGGACUCAACUACAAGUACAUGGUACCGUUUCUGCUCAACCAAUGUGGAUCACUCCUCUUUUACUUCACCUUGGCAUCUGCAGAACUGUCCCUGGCAGUGCCACUCUGUAACUCCCUGGCUCUGAUAGUCACACUGGUGACUGGAAGGAUUCUGGGAGAGGAUAUCGGUGGUAAAAGGGCUGUGGCAGGGAUGCUGCUCACCCUCCUGGGAGUCACCCUCUGUGUAGCUGGUUCAUGAUCAAGGCACAGUGAGCAGAGGAAACCUGUUCAAAGGUAACCCAUGGCUGAAGAGGGGACUUCUGGCUCAGCAGCAGCUCAUUUGGCUCAGUUGCCUCAAGGAAGCUGUUUUGACACACGGGUGACUGAAAGCAUGGAUGAUAUUCCCUGAGUACCAGAGUGGAACAAGGCAAGUUGCAAGGACAUCCUAUUUAGUGUCUUAAGGAUUUUUUCCUGUGGGUCGUUCAAGGCAAGGAUGAUUGAAUUGCCUUGUUCAGCACUGGAAGGGUAAUAAUUGGUUAAUAAAUCAUUCAAAUGGACCUUC